AACGUGUAACUCUUGCCUGAAACUUCCUCGGCCUUUCCCCAGGCGUGAACUGACCAGCUUAGACGAAUUGGCGCGUGUUUGCUACCCGGAUUGACCGAAGGGGCGGAUCACGACUGAUAAUUCGCUAGCCUUACCGAAAUUCUUUUCGACGAUGCCCUCAAGCGAGCCGCGCACUGGAUGAAUUUUCGAAGAGCAUAGACGACUCGUGGGGCCACUACAUGGAAUCCCCAUGACGCCGAAGGACCAGUCUGAUAUCCAGGGGUACGACUGCACGCUCGGAUAUGUAGGACGUGCCUGCAUGCCGGCUGCACAGGAUUCCGUUUUGGUUUCGUUGUUGAAACAGAUGGGAGCCGUAAUCAUCGCCAAGUCCAAUCUUCCCCAAAGUAUCAUGUGCGAAACGGAAAACCCGAUGUGGGGUUUAACAAUUCACCCGAAGAAUCCCGACUCUACACCCGGCGGCUCUCCUAGCAGAGAGGGUGCGCUUUUGUUUCUUUGUAGUUCCGUUGUCGGAUGGGGCACAGACAUCGGUGGAAGUAUCCGCAUCCCUUCCCACAUGCUCGGCCUCUCUGGCCUGAAGCCGAGCUCCACGACAACCGUAUUAUUGUCUGCUGAUGGCACCGACAGGCCUCCCGUAUCACACGGUGUUACAGUCUCGACGGAAGGCCAAGAACAUGUGCCGUCGGUAGUUGGGCCCAUGGCAGGAAGUCUAGGCUCCAUCAUCUCCGCCACCAAUGCGGUCAUUGCUGCAACACCAUGGAAUCUGGACCCCAAAUGA